AUGCGGCUCUCCCAGCCUUGUAUCGCCCCACAAACUCAAGGGACUGGCAAUCGCAGUAGGAAUAGCCGCAUUGACACCCUGCAGGAGCAAGCAGACAGUUUAGUCACUCAGGUGGCAUUAAUGAAGAGAAGUAGUCAUGACAACCUACCUUUUCGAACACCGAAACAUCAAUUUCACUUCAGCCAAGACGAUUCAGGCUAUAGCAAUCAUCAUGAGUUACCUGCUGGAAACUCGCCGUCAGGGAUGGAUGCAGAAGUGGAUUUUAUCUCUCGUGGGCUUUUCACUCUCCUAGAAUGUGAAGAGUUUUUGGCAGAUUUUCGCUUGCAUAAAAUGCCCCUGUUUCCUUUCGUCAUAAUUCCCACUCAGCUGGGUGUUCCGACACUUCGGCAGCAAUUUCCCUUUCUCCUGCUGUGCAUCGUGACCGCCUGCCUGGAGCACAAACCAUCGUUACAACUAAAAAUGGAACAAGAAGUCAGGAGGUCCAUCGCCGCUCGCUUGGUAGCCAACUUGGAGAGGAGCUUGGAUCUGCUCUUAGGGCUUUUGGUCCACGUUGCCUGGAGUUAUUAUCACUGGCCUAUCUAUGAUUCCCAGUGUUUCAUGUUUCUGCAAAUGGCGGUCAUGAUUGUUGGGGAUCUAGGCCUGGACAAAGGAGACUUGAAUAGGCAGGCUUCUCCGUUUAGCAGCCAGGUUGCUAACCAGGUAGAGAUUGAUAGCGAUUGCUGGACCUCAGCGGCACAGCGGGCUCUUCCCGGAUGUUAUUAUCUCUGUUCGAGGUCACUGUUCUUUCGAGGACAGCUAGCCAUGAAGUAUACUGAACGGAUCAAACGGUGCGCUGAGAUGCUUGCACUAAAGGCAGAAUACCCUACCGAUGUAGUGCUCGGGGUAUAUACAAAGGAGUACACACGCUUCAGGACUGAUUGGUCGCUUGUUGGGAAGCAUUUUUCGGGAGCAGAUGAGAGCAUGGCCUGGCGGAAGCUAUCUGGCUCCCUCGCACUGCAGCAAAAGCAUACAGAGGAACUUCUCCGUAACCAAAAUCUUUGGGAUAACUGGGCUGUGCGCCUAGAGCUUAGUGCAACAUCAUUACUAGUUCUUGGACGGCACCACUGCACUCCCUAA